CAAGACGUUAACGGGUCAGUUGGAUCGCCCCCAGCGGCACCUUCUUGCGUUCACGAAGCCUCCGUUCCACACAGACGAACCUCUCGUUCUGCGAUUCCACCCGCACCUCUUCAGUUUACGUGGAUCUAUGUUCCAUGUUCGGUUGCUCACCCGCUCUCUCCAUACACCACCCAUCGACCCCCGCGAGACUUUUGUCCUACCGCUCGUAUUUACGUAUCGCCCUUCAUGGAUCCAUGUGAUGUUGCCGGUCCGGUCUUCCCAACAGAUCCAAUCACCGUAUCAGAGGAUUGUCUUCUUGGUGCAAUGUCUGCGAAGCGAGAUUUCGCACACCAACCAGCCGCACGUUGGCCGCCAAUCUCAGCUUCUUUCUUCGAAAUGCUUCUUUCGGCUGACAGCUUACUCGCGACCAGAUAAAUAUCAGCCUGCAGCAAAGCCCCGUCGUGUGCUAGAUUUACAGCAAUUCAGAAUCGUUCAUUCGUUCUCGUACCUCUUCCUUUGCUGGCUCGGGGUGUGGCCGAAUCAGCAGGAAAAGGCCUUGCACGCCAGGUCUGCAGCCAAGGCCACGAAGAUUCGGGAUCAUCGCUCGGAGUGUACUGCGUCCUAGGACAACACUAUGCUAGGAUCGUUGACAGGAGAGUGCCACGAUGUCAACAGAGCCCAGACACAGCGCUCAGUAAUGACGCCAGACACGAGCUGUUCAAGCACGUGAACCGAGUCCAUUAUGAGCAGGAUCGAGACCGUUCCAUAGCCAGGCAAUAUGUACACCAGACCGCAAAGAACAUUCCACCGCAGAACAACUCGAAUCGCAAAUCUGUCAACGCAGACGGAUC